UCAGCAGUUUCGUGUUCGAGCUCUGUGUGUUCAGACUUCAUUGUGCCUUGAAAUCUAAUAGUUUUAGUCUUCAGUAUAAUAUAUUUCCCCAAUUUAUAAAAUAUGGAUAGUUCUAGUGUCUUUCAACAUUCCCUCAGUGUUCAGUUCGCGUAAAGUGUUGGUAAAAUCUCGCGAAUUCCUGAAUAAUGUGUUUACAAAAAAGUUGUGUUAGCUCAACAUUAUCCACCCUACCUGUUGAGUCCUGCGAAACAAAGUGCUCAAAAGUUUUAGAUGAUCGAUAAUUUUUACGAAUUUCUGUUAAUUUAACACCGUCAGUGCGUGCCAAUUUUCGGCUGACGAUGGGAGGUUCUCAAAGUUGUAAAAAUGUUGACCCGCCGCCUGUGGAUUUGCCCAGGGCGAACACAAUUCGAUGCAGUAUUCGCUCAAAACUUCCAAUGCCCGAGCAAACUGAACUCGAAAGGAGGUUUACUAAAGUUCUGGCUUCCAUGGAUCUUCCACCUGACAAGGCAAAACUGCUGAAACAAUAUGACGACGAAAAGAAGUGGGGACUCAUCUGUGAUCAGGAACUCGUUCAAGCUAAAGACCCACCUUCACAUUAUUUAAAUAAUUGCGGACAUAUUUGGAUCCCAAGCAUCAAGAAUUAUAGGAAACGGAAAAUAGUAGGAGACGCCACCUCUACUCAGGUGCUGAGAGACUUGGAAAUUUCCCUGCGUACCAACCACAUAGAAUGGGUACGCGAAUUUUUAAACGAAGAAAACCAGGGCCUCAAUUCGCUUGUCAACUAUCUCAGUUUUCGCCUACAGAUGAUGCACUACGAGCAACGCUCUCCCCCCUCUACCACCGCCUCCGAGGAGCGUAUCACCAACCUUGUAUCACGUACAAGAGAAGAAACUGCUGCAUCAGGACGAGGUCUACAACGGAGCGUUGGAGGACAUCCUGCUUGGCCUCAAGUCGGAGCCCUACAGACGGGCGGAUGCAGUCAGACGAAGUCAGCGCAGACGUAUCGACAGCCAUCGACUCAGCCGCACCAUGGACGAGAUCGAGCUAUGAACUCAUUACUCAUCACUGAUUAUCUUAGAUGGGACCAAGCGUACAAUACUGUGUGCCUCUAUAAUAAAUUACUUGUUUCAAAUAUCUCAACUGUUAUAUGAUUACAAUUAUAUUCAUCUGUUAGCUUUAUUAUUUUAUACAUUAUAUAUUUUUAUAAAUAUGUACAGUGUGACAAAAGAGAUCUUUAUGUAAGUGUAUUAUAUUUAUUUGUAGAUAAAUUUGUAUUUUUGUAGCGCACUCAUUGUAUACCAUGAAGAAAAUUGUUAUAUGUAUUCUGUCUUAUAAGCAAGAUUUGUCUUGAAUCAAGUUUUGUCUUAAAAGCCAAGUUUUGUCUUGAAUCAAGUGUAGCAAAAGUUCAAGUUUUGAUUUGAACCAAGUUUUGUCUUAAGGCUGUGCAAAGGCUAAAAAUAAACUUUCUACUGGUGAUAUUUUUCAACGUUUUUCGAUUUGUAUAUCAUCAAGCUAUCAAAAUGAAAAAGUUUUCACGAGAAAACAUU